AUGGCAACUCGGGAAGAGCUAGCAAAGCUUGGAGGGGAGGCUUUUGCCAUGCUAGACAAGUUCUAUGGCCGGCCCAGCAAGAGGCCUCCAUUUUCUCAAGACCAACCAGCUCGUGCAGGGAGACACCCAACUACUCCUCUUAGGAAUGAUCAGGCUGUUCUUAAUAGCAAGGAAGCAGCCCUGCAAUUUGACGGGAUAGAGAUAAGAGAGUACCCCAAGAUUCGCCGCUAA